GUGGAAGUGUCAUCACCUGGAAGUAAAAGAGGAAGCUUCUGUGUGAGGAAGUUCAGGUGAGGAACCAGAAACACACACGUGGACUGAUCCGUUGUUACUAUACAAUGACUUCCAGGUUUGUUCAGAGGAGCGUCAAAGGACAUCCGGAGUAUUCAAACUCCUUUCUGCUCAGAGAUCCCAGUCCCAACCCUCUGAAUGAGCUCUGUCACAGCGCCCCCUGGCGGACUGACAGGGAGGAGAACGGGGAGCAGGGAGACGCACUCGGAGAGCAGCUGCAGGAGAUGGACGAGCAUGUGGCCAGGCUCCAGGACAUGCUGAGGUGUGAGCGCACCAAGUGCACUCAUCUGCAGCUGCGGUGUAACCAACUGGAGGCCGAGCUGAAGCGGCGGGAGCAGCAAAGCAUCCGGCUGAAGGAGCGACUGUCACAGCAGCUCAGUGUCAGACACAAGGAGAAAGGAUCCUCCAUAGAGGUUUUAAAUUUCCCCCCUGGAGGCCGCAGCAGAAGAGAACAGCCAAUCAAAUCCUUUGUGUCUACUGCAAAACGGGAAGUGGCAGCCCUGCGUCUGAUGCUGGAGCGCAGAGAGGCAGAGCUCAGAGAGGCGAUGAAGCUGCGCCACAGCCUCACCACAUUGCUUCAUGCUCUCAGGGUCAACAUGGAGCAGACCCUGUCAGACUCCGCAGACGUUGAGGACGAGGUCCAACAUGACGACAAAAUAUUGUACGAAGCUGAGGUGGUGCUUGGUGACCAUGUGACAGGAGGUGUGGUUCAGAGUUGGAGGAAGGUGCAGAGGAGACUGGGCGACGUCCAGUAUGAAGGUCACACUGGUGAUGGUACUGACCAGGACAAGCUCUUGGCUCAACUAGGAACUGAACUGCGAGAGAGUCAACAGCUUGUCAGAUUACAACAGCAAAUGCUGCAGGGUGACCUUGCCUCACCUGUCCCCUCUGAACUGACCGAUUCGUACUUUUUGGAAGAGUGGGAGCGUCUCCAGCUGCGGUGGGCCGAGCUCCAUCAUCAGAGGAGGACUUUUGAAAGAGAGAGGCAGUCCUUCACCGAAGCCGCAAUCCGACUGAGCCAUGAGCGUCGUGAUUUUGAGCAACAGAAGGCCUCUCUCGUCAAGCAGCAGUAUUUGUGCGACUCAUCUCUGUGUGGUAAAGGAGCACCAAGCAGCAAGAGAAGAGAUGGCACUGCUCUAAAUUUCUCAGGUUUGGGGCCCACCAGCAUAUCUGGCUGUCUUCCCAUCACUCCAUCAUCCGUGGGCUCUGGGUCAGCUGCUCUCUCUGUGUUAUAUCACGGAAGAGUCACAGUUCAAACUCCCAGCACUCCUGAGCUCUACGAGGCCCUCAAUCUAUCAUACAACUGCAGAUCAGUCGAGGUUGAUCCCCAAUCAGAGACAUGGGACUGUGGCACAGAGAAGAUGGUGGACGCACCACAGGCUUCACACUUGGACUGGUCAUUUUAAUACAUUUUGUCACUAUAGGUGAUUGUCAUUUAAAAAGUAUAUUGUACCUGAUUUUGCAUUUUUAAAAUAACCAAUAAAUUCUGAAUAUAGCUAUUCCUUUAUUUUUCAUUUUGACAGGGCGCUGUGAACAGAGGAUACAGUGUCCUCCCGUAACGGCUGCAGAUUCUGUUUCAAUCCAACACUUUUCUGCACGUCUUCCCCCAAUCAGUCUCCUUGUUUCACGCUUGUCUUUCCUUUCAAAGGCAAAACAUCCCAAAAUAUAUACAUACACAAGAAAUUAAUAUAAGAAAAGGGAACAAAAUGGAUUUUGUCUGUUUUAUAGUGCCAGAACAGUGAGCUUUCUUACAGUAGCUGUUUAUGCCUGGUCAUGCAUCUAUCAUCUAAAAUGGUUCCUAAACAACAUAAUACAAUAGUUUUGUAUGUCAUUAUUAUUAUGGUAUAUUGAUUGACUGUAUUUGUCUAUGGAAACCAAUAUCCUGUAUCCAGAUUAGUUUGAAUAAGACACCGCCAUGUAAACAGCAUUUUCUGAUUCAUAUUACUUCAUACUCUGAAUAAGCAAUACAUGUAAUCAAGACAUGAGGACUGAACCUGACGGAUUGGAAAUCUAUGUCUUCUUGUCCUGUGUUAAUGCUCAGGAGCUACUUCAGAAUUACAACUUGUCGUUAGUGAGUCCUCCUCAAACAGUUCUACAAGACACUGUCACUUUUAAUUGUUUCUGUGUUGGACAUUGUGGGCUGAGCUUUUUACAGUCUUUGGUGCAGAGUGAGGUUAGAAAACUUUGUGAUCGUCCUGACUGGUUUAGCUGCAGUGAAGAUUCUAUAGUCAAUGUUUUUUCAUGAAAUGAAAAUGAAGUUUAAGUAUAAGUUUUAAUUCAAUAUUGAAUACUUUGCAUGCUAUUUCAGGUCUGUUUAGUAAUUGACACAAUCUUCAGACCUAAGUUCACACUUUCAGUUUAAAAGCUCUGUAAUUCUGAAUAUUAUA